AUGACAAAGUUUUUCAUUACUGGUGGUUCCGGAUUCAUAGGUUCAGAAGUUGUUGAUGAGUUAUUAAGCCAUGGUCAUGAAGUCCUUGCUCUUGCAAGAUCUGAUAAUUCAGCUAAGAAAUUGAUUGAGAAAGGUGUACAAGUGUUGAGAGGUAGUAUUGAAGACUUGGAUGUUUUAAAAAAAGGUGCCAAUGAAACUGAUGGUACAAUUCAUUUAGCUUAUGAUCAUAAUUUAUCCAAUUUUGCUAAAUCUGGUCAUUUAAUUGAUUAUGAAGCUACAAAAACCAUAGUGGAUACUUUAGAGGGAACUAAUAAAGUAUUUAUUUAUACUUCAGGUCUUGGUGGAUUACCAACACCAAUUGGUAUUCAAUCUAAUGAAACAGAUAGACCAAAUCUUGAAAAGGUUCCAAAAGAAAUUAAACAAAGAAUGGAGACUGAACAUUUUGUUCUUGACUCUUAUACUAAAAACAUAAGAUCUAUUGUGAUUAGAUUAUCUCCAAUUGUUCAUGGUACAAAUGAUCAUGGAUUCACUUCAUAUUUAUCACAAGGUGCUAAGAAAAAUGGUGUUGCUUUAUAUGCUAAUGAAGGUAAAUCAACAUGGCCAUCUAUUCAUAAAAAAGAUGCUGCUGUCUUAUAUAGAUUAGCUGCUGAAAAAGGCCAACCUGGUAAGGCAUAUCAUGGAGCAUCUGAAUCAGGGAUUGAAACAAAAUUAAUUGCAGAAACUAUUGCUAAGAAAAUUGGAGUUGAAACUAAAUCAACUAAUAUUAAUGAAUUGAGUGAUAAACUUGGUUUUAUUGGAGGGUUCUUUGCUGUUAAUAUUAAUUCAUCAUCAGAGCUUACUAGAAAAGAGUUAGGAUGGGAACCAAAAGAAUUGGGAUUGAUUGAAGAUAUAGAAAAGAAUUACACUUUAUAG